GCAAAGCUUUUACAGUAUUUGCUGGGCACUGAGCUUGUUUGAGAAGAAUCAUAUCCCAGCAACCAGGUUCUUGUCAAUGCGAAAUGACUCAGUUGAAACAAGAAAGUUGAGACGUUUGACAACUUGGCAGGAAGGACUGGCCACCACCUUCUCUGCCCUUUUGAGAUGGGGUUACAAAAGUGUGGUGGCUGCCUCAGUUGCUUGUUAAUCCCCCUAGCACUUUGGAGCAUUGUUAUAAAUAUCCUGCUCUAUUUUCCUGAUGGGAAAGCUCUGUAUGCUUCCAGCAACAAUCUCACCAACUAUGUGUGGUAUUUUGAAGGAAUCUGUUUCUCUGGUAUUAUGAUGCUUAUGCUGGCAGCACUUUUAAUAUUCCUGGACCGAGACACCUUCCAAAAAUGCUGCCAAAGUGAGAGCUGCACCAGGACCUACAGGCGUUUCAUUUCAGUUGUGCUUGCCCUGCUAGGCAUCGCUUUCUCUGGAUACAGCCUGAUCAUAUCUACUUUGGGUUUAGUGCAGGGCCCAUACUGCAGAACCGCAGCUGGCUGGGAGUAUGCCUUCAAAGACACUGCAGGCCGCUACCUCACGGAUCAUGCCUCCUGGUCCGAAUGCUCCGAACCUGCCUAUGUAGUGGAGUGGAACAUCAUUUUGUUUUCUAUUCUGAUAGCUCUUAGCGGCCUCCAAAUGUUGAUCUGCUUUCUGAAAGUGAUUGCGGAGCUGAAACGGAUACUUUGUGGGACCUAUUCUGUCUUUGUUCAGCCUGCACUGAUCUAACAUUCCUGAGAAAAGAAGCACAGAUGCUAGCAUGUCAUCAUGUCUUUGAUCACACCUUUUGACUUGCUUGAUAACGGCUUGGAAUGCUCCUUCUGUUUUGCUGCAUUUCUUUUUUAUACGCACACACACACAUUUCCAUGCCUUAAUUAUUAUUUUUAUUCAUUUUCAAAAUAUUGAUACAUGAAAUUAUCAAUUAAUAAUAACACAAACAAAAGAAAAGCACCCCAAAUAAGGAAAAAAACCCCACCCAGACAGCAACAAUACUGUUUGCUCAAAGUACAUUUUUUCCCUUUUCCGCCGUGAUAAACUCAUUACUUUAAAAAAGCGACGCAAACCUGUAGUGAACGCACUCAGAAAUCUAUGGAUUGUAUAAUGUCACAUUCUACAACCAGAUUCAUUUAGACACUUGCCCUUGAAGAAAUCUGUAUGAAACAAACUAAAUAUUUAUAUGUUACAUAGGGUUCAACUCCCUAUUUCCCCAGCAUACCCAGGUGUGCAAUGUUUGGCAUAUCCAGAUGUUCUUGCUCCCUGUUUUCAUCCCUUCCUCCUCCUUUUCUAAUCUGUUUACCUUUCAAGCCCCCCUUUGUAUUUGCAUAUACAAGUGGACUUUCGGUCAGGCAACAGAAAGUGCAAGUGUGCUGUGCUCUUGGAGUGAAAUAUCAGCUUAACUUGAGGGACAUUUGCUGAAAUAACUGAAGAGGAAGCACAACAUAAUAUUUACAUGGCAACUCCAUCAGAUUGGCCUUAUAUGUGACUUAUAUAUGGAUCCAAGUCAGCAGAGAGUGACAGACUGAGAGAGAGCGAGAAAGAGAGAGCUGCAAAAGGGUGCCAAAGAUACAAUGUACAGGAAACUUUCUGAGAAAUCAUGUCCUGUUGAGGUUAUGUUCACUUUGGGCUGCAUCAAAUUGACGGCAUCUCGCUCAGCCACCCCAUUGGCAUAGGGCUCGAUUUUUCCUGGGUAGUCAAACUGGUUUGCUAUUUUGCUGGAGAACUGGUGGAUAGCUCAGUCAGUAGAGUGCAAGACACUUAUUCUCAGUGUUGUGGGUUCGAGCCCCCCAUUGGGCAAAAUAUUCCUGCAUUGGACGAGAUGAGCCUUGUGGUUCUGUCCAACUCUACAAUUCUAAGGAGUGGCUCUUUUUAAAGAAAAAAAUUGUUGCAGGUGCGAAGGCUUUAACAAAAAGCAGAGGAGAGGGAGGCUGCUGCAGUGGGAUGGGGGGGGGGGAGAAUAAGCCUCCCACCCCCUCACAAUUCUGCAUAGUAAGUAGGGGCAUUUGCUCACAUUCCACAGAUCAUUUCACUGCAUGCAAUGCUCUUUUCUCAAGUUACACUCACACAGCCCUCUAAAUUGAGCUAGAUAUUUUCUCUGCUGACUGAUCUCUUGUCAUUCCCUCAACUUGUUGCCCUAUGGAGGCGGCGCCUAUCAUUAGUUUUAAGUGGCAGAGUGAAGUGGAGCACCUGCUUAAUUGACCAGUCACUUUAUCGUUAGGAUUCCCAGCUCUGAAACCGUACAUUAGCAAUUACUUGGGGAGGCGGGGAGAAGCAAGGUCACAUUUCCAAUUUGUGUCCGAGAAGCAGAAACAAAAAGACUUUCAGAAUUUCACAGCCUCUAUUUCGUGAAUGGCCCCUUUGUGCCAUGCUUCAAGGGCUGGGGGUUGGGGAGGGACAGGAAGGGGGGAAACACCAAUUUUUGUUCAGGCAUUAGCUUGGGUAAGCACGGCAGAGACAUCUCAACAGCAACAGUGAAAAAAUUAUUUGACUGUAAUGACAGACUUCGGAGAGUUGUUUACAGAAGAUAACUGAGUGCACAGCCAUAUUUUAAAACUUAAGCCACUGUAAUUUCAAGAUUCAGGUUAUGAAAUAAAGCAAUGCAGUGUGUGGCUUUAUUCAGUCUGUAUCUUAUCUGUCUUUACCCCCUAUAUUUCACAAAUUUUCCUCUCCCUAGAAAUGGGAUUGGUACUGAAAGUCAACUGAGAGCAAAAUUGGAUGAAAUUGCUAAAGGAACCAAAUAUCUAACUGGAAUAAAGCAAAUACAAAAAGCAGAAGAAGCUAAAUAAGAAAAACCAGACACUAAUAUAUGCAUAAAGGAAGUGGCUUAGCUAAGGUUGAAGCAGAACUUUUGACCAUAUGUAUUCUUGGCAUCCGUCUGCCUUCAGAG